AUGACCUCCAACAUAAAUCAUACGAAUGAACAACUUCCUCGUACAGAAAAUCACUCGGAGUUAAAAGAAGUCUUGAAACCGUGCGGUAAACUUCCGCCGACAAACGACAUAACAUUGGAUCGAUCUUACUUUAAACGUAAAGUCCCAAUGAUAUUCGUCGGUAUUCAAUGUGAUAAACAUGUCAAGACAUCUUUAGAGAAGUUGAGACCAUUUUUCUGUCCUUUUAUCCGACUACCUAAAAUAUCUAAAACUUAUCGAGAUUCAAAUGGAUCGUUGCGUAAAUUGAUGUUGGUUCAAAUGCCUGAACCUGAUAAAAUCUUACAGUUUAUAACUGAUUUGAAUCAGUGGAACGUUGAUUUACCUAAAGAUUACUCAAAUAUUCAACCAGUCGAUUUAUCUGUACCUAAAUUGCCCGAAUGCCUAAACGAUUUGAAAGCUGAAAAUUCAUUAAACGAUGAAGCAUUUAAAAAAGCUAAUUUAAAGGUCUCAGAUUGCGCGCUUCCUGAUGUCGUGGUUGUAAACUCAGAAAAGAUUAGAAUAGAAGACAGGGAUUGUCUCGAGUUUGCUGAUAUAAACGUCGCUGCUGGUGUCUUAACCUCCUGUCAUGGUUCAGCUCUUGUCAAAGUCGGAAAAACUCAGGUGAUUGCAGGUGUAAAGGUCAAGGUAAUUCCAGAAAGCGGAAACUCAGGCAACAUAACCUGCAAUGUCGAGUUUGCUGGUCUCUGUCAUAGAAGUUCACGUUUAAAUGCUCCACAACCUAAGUAUGCGCAGUGGCUGUCUUCUACAAUCCAAAGACUCCUGAAUAAUUUUGCAUUCCCAUCUAUUGAAAACCAGCUAAACAUAUUCUCAAUAAAUGACCCAAACAUACUUACACCAGUAGCUUCCUACACUUUGAAGCUCGAUGUCUUCGUCCUUCAUGACGAUGGGUGCUUACUAGAUGCUUGUGUCCCCGCUGCACUUGUUAGUCUUUGUACAACAAAGUGGACAAAGUUAUAUGCGGUUACGGAUGAACAAGCUGCGGGAUCCUAUUUAGAAUUAUAUAAACCAGGACCACAAAAUGAGACAAAAUCCCUAAAAAUAAAUGAAUGGCCUGUUUCACUAUCUUUCUGCUUCGUUCCUCGCCCGGUUGCUGAUAGAAAGUCAAAGACAGUCCCUAUUAUUGCCCAACCAACGAAACGAGAGUUAGAUAUUUGGGAUACGGAUGCUGGUCCAGUACAUAUAACUGUUUCUCAGGGUGCUGUCGUCGAUCUUUCUGCGGUCAAUGCAUUUCUAACGGGUCUUUGGGACAGUUUAUUUGUAGCGGGUGCAAAUGAAAGUGAUGUAGUCAACUCAUGGGAAGUUUUGUUUGAUUCUGCCGUUUCUCACGCUCAGAAAGUUCUACAGAUAAUCCAAAAGGCAAUAAACUAG